AUGGAUCUACCACCAGCAUACCGAGAAUUCGAAGCCCCAGCAACCUCCGUGGGAGGUGUGAUGCGUAGUAAUACUGCCGCUCCACGGCUGCCGCAGGUUGUCAUCCUACCACAGCGGCGCCCCAAGCAGCGCCAACGUGGGUUCGUCCGCGCGUACGCACCAGAUCUGAUAUUUUGUGGCAUCGACCAGGCGACCUUCCUGGCUUUCAUCGACGGCCUCAACGCGGCGGUCUCGUCGAACCCGUUCGGGGGAUCACUGAACGCCGCCGGGCAGGUGAUAGGUAUCAUCCCGGCCUCGGUCGCCAGCUUCGCGCCCAUCACCGGCAUGUCGCUCCAGAUAGCGGCCGAGAUAUACAAUGAAACCCAAGCCCGGAUAAGCCAGAAUUCCUACCUUCGGAAGAUGAACGACGAGCUCUUCCGCCCGCGCGGGCUCUACUGCCUGAUCAUGGCGUACGACACGAACUCGCGCCACGGAGGCGUGCGAGGCGAUGCCCACUGUAAUACCGACAACCUCAUCCCGGAGGAGACCAAUCAGGUCCAGGACAUAAUGCGCCGCUUCAGAAGUACCGAUGGCGCUGCGGGGGAUGCAAACUUCCCGGCCUCGGCGGCUCUCAUUUACUGUGAACCCAAGGACUCUGUGUCGGAGGAGCACAGCGAGGGAGCAGAAGACAGCGCAGCCAGCAGCAGCGCGAAAGGCGGCAUGCGAAGCAUCGCCGGUAAGUUGGCCAAAGUAGCGGCAGCUUACGACGCCCGGGAGGAUCUAAAAUCGCAAGUGAAAUUUCAAAGGAAGCACCCCACCAGCCUGAUCAACCCGCUGCUGGACCCGAGCGCUGAGCUGAGUGAGAAGGACCUCCGCAAGCAGCAGAAAAAGGAGGCCGAGCAGCAGAAGAAGUGGGAGAAACAGGCCCGCAAGGACGAAAAGCGACUGCGCAAGCACCCAGAGAAGGAGCCGCGAGAGCACAAAGUGCGAGAGAGCAUAUUAUACCUCAUGAUCGUCAACAUGCCCUCGGUUGAGGAGAUGAACAACGCACGGGCACUAGUCGGAUCCCGGCAGCCGGCGACUCCCCUCGAGGAGCUAUGGUGA